AUGUCACAAUCACAUUCGAGAAAGAUCAAGAAGCUAGAUGAGUCAGUAAUUAGCAAAAUAGCAGCUGGUGAAAUCAUAAUCCAACCAGCUAAUGCACUAAAAGAAAUGUUGGAAAACUCAAUCGAUGCCAAAGCCACCAACAUCGAAAUCGUUGUCAAGGAAGGUGGACUCAAACUACUACAAAUCACUGAUAACGGAGAAGGGAUUAAUAAAGACGACUUGCCACUCUUGUGUGAGAGAUUUGCCACUUCAAAACUCACAAAAUUUGAAGAUUUAGAACUGAUUGCCACUUAUGGAUUCAGAGGUGAAGCUUUAAGUAGUAUAUCCCACAUAUCUCGAUUAUCAGUAACGACAAAGACGCGAGAGUCAAAAUUGGCCUAUAAAGCAUUUUACUUGGAUGGGAAACUAUGUACAUCGAGCUUUAAAUCAUCAUUAGAUGGCAAAGUAGCUGACCCCAAGCCAAUCGCAGGUCGAGAUGGCACACAAAUCACUGUUGAAGAUUUAUUUUAUAAUUUACCAUCACGUUCCAGAGGUUUAAAAUCUAAAAGUGAUGAAUUUGCCAAGAUUUUGGAUAUUGUUGGAAGAUAUGCAAUCCAUACCCCACAUGUUGGAUUUAGUUGUAAGAAAUAUGGUGAUCCUUUACAUCAAUUAAUUACGAGGGCAAACAUGUCAUUGAAGGAAAGGAUACGGACGGUUUAUGGGUCAGCUGUUACUAAUGAGUUGGUAGAAAUCAUCAUAGAUCCAACUUCCACUGAGAAAGGCAAUGCCGACGACAAGAUAAAGGAUUUUGGUUUUCUCAAAGCAACGGGUGCUAUAACUAAUGCCAAUUAUAAUAAUAAAAAGAAAAUCCAACCAAUUAUAUUCAUUAACCAUCGAUUAGUUUCAUGUGACCCAUUAAAACGGGCAAUUAAUUCAGUUUUCCAAUUUUUCCUACCAAAAGGAAGCUAUCCAUUUUUUUACCUUAGUUUAGAAAUUAAACCUGAGAAUCUAGAUGUCAAUGUCCAUCCGACUAAACGUGAAGUGAGAUUUCUCAAUGAAGAAGAGAUUAUAGAUAUUAUUGUGGGUAAAGUACAUGGUACAUUGGCGAAUUUUGACACUUCAAGAAAAUUUCAAACUCAAAGUAUAGUUUCAAAACGAGGAUUUGAAUUGGAUGAAGAAAAGAUAGAUGAAUUGAAAGGUCAGAGUCAGCCUUUGAAGAAGUAUAGACAAGAGAAUAAAUUGGUGAGGACCGAUGCUGGUCAGUCCAAGAUUAACCCGUUUUUACAAGCUGAGUAUCCUACUAAUCAGAUAUUGAACAGUCUUGAUAAUGAAUUAAUUGGAGGGAAGCAGCAUCAACAACUAGAGCGAAAACAACUGGGAGAGAAAAAUGACAAUGAGCAGUCUGUAGUGGCGGAUAUUGCUAUCAUUGAUGAACCAAAUGUUUCCACAACCAAUAUCAAUCCAAGUCGACAUCAAGUGGAAGUCAAUCUUGAAUCCAUAAGCAAAUUGAAGAAUGAAUUGUCGGAAUUUAUUGACAAGUCAUUGACUAAUGUGUUUAGUCAAGCAGUAUUUGUUGGAAUAAUAGAUCCAGCCAAACGUUUGUGUUGUUUUCAAUAUGAUGUGAAAUUAUAUUUAUGUGAUUAUGCUGCAGUGUUGUUGGAAUUUUAUUAUCAGGUUUCAUUACAUGAAUUUUGCAAUUACGGAGAAAUACAAUUCGAUGAACCAAUUGCUUUAGUGACCAUAUUGGAACCAUUGUAUGAACUAAAACAAGAUAAUGAACUUGUUCCCAUGAAUGAAGUAAUCGAUAACGUAGUGAAGAUGAGAGAAAUGUUUGAUGAGUAUUUUCAAAUCAGAAUCGAUAAGGAUAAUAAUCUCAUGACAAUACCCAUGAUUAUGCAAAAUAUUCAACCUGACUUUAGAAAACUUCCCUACUUCUUGUAUCGAUUAGGAACAAAGAUUAAUUAUGAAAAUGAAAAACAAUGUUUACAUGGAAUAUUGAGACAAAUUGCAUUAUUAUAUGUUCCUGAACCAUUUGAAGAAGACAAGAAUGCAGAUGGUGGCGGUGGUGUCGUAAAGAAUCAACGUGAACAUUUACAACAUGAGUUGGAAAAUGUAUUAUUCCCUGAAAUUAAGAAACAAUUUCUUGCAACAAAAAAUUUAGUUAGAGAUGUGAUCCAAAUUGCUGAUUUACCUGGUUUGUAUAAAGUUUUUGAAAGGUGUUGA